AUGAAAGAAAACGAGACAGUAGAAGAAUAUAUGAAUAGAACAGCUGUCAUAGUAAAUCAGUUACGAUUAAAUGAAGAAAAUAUUACUGAACAACGUGUCGUUGAAAAAAUCCUUCGAAGUCUCACUAGAAAAUAUGAAUCGGUAGUGGUGGCAAUAGAAGAAUCAAAGGAUUUGACAACGAUUUCUACAGAAGAACUGUUAGGCAUCCUUCAAUCACACGAAUUAAGGAUGAAACAAUAUGAUGACUCUCCAAUAGAACAGGAAUUCCAAAUACAAAGUAAUAACAUUGACCGAACACGGCAAAACAGAUCUGAAUUUGGAAAUAGAGGACGAGGAAGAGGAAAAGGAAGAUUUAAUGCAUUAAUACGAUGUUAUAAUUGUCAGAAAGUAUGGCACACGGCCAGAUUCUGUCAACAAAGAGACACAAACAACCGGGGUGAGAAUGCAUUACUACACGAAGAUGAACCUGAAGAAAAAUGUGAUGAAACAACAAUGUUUAUGAUAUUUAACAUGGAGGAAAUAACCAAAGACGAUUGCUGGUACUUAGAUAGCGGAUGUAGCAAUCAUAUGACAGGAAAUAGGAGUUUAUUUAUUACACUAGAUGAAACCGAGAGAAGGGAAGUAAGAACUGGAGACAACAAGAAACCGGAGGUAUUAGGAUGUGGUGAUGUCUCAAUUAAAGUAAAAGGUUUAAACAAGAAGGUUCCGAAUGUAUUCUAUGUGUAA